AUUUGAAUGGAAACAAUAAUAUCGACAAAAAUGGCGGUCUUUUUGCUGAAGAAUGUGACCAUUGGUUGAAAUGCCGGCAAACAUAUGAUUAAACCAAUGCUUUACUGAUUUUAUACUUAAUACACGAAACACUCUUCACUUCAUUUGCGGCACAAAUCUGCGGACAAAUCACCGAAAAUGUCUUCAGACGACUCAAUGAGCGAUUCUGACGGCUCUUUCCAAACAAAGCCCUCCAAAGGCAACACAAAGAAGAAGCUGUCGGUUGAGAGGAUAUACCAGAAGAAGACACAGUUGGAGCACAUCCUCCUCCGACCCGACACUUACAUCGGUUCCGUCGAGAGGGAGACCAAACAAAUGUGGGUCUAUAACGAGGACACGGGUAUGGAGUUGAGGGACAUCUCAUACGUUCCCGGACUCUAUAAGAUCUUCGACGAAGUGCUGGUCAACGCCGCCGACAACAAGCAACGCGACCCAAAGGGCAUGUCUUGUAUUCGCAUUGAUAUCGACCCGGAGAAGAAUGAGAUAAUGAUUUUCAACAAUGGAAAAGGCAUUCCAGUGAUUGAACACAAGGACGAGAAGAUGUUUGUGCCGACACUGAUCUUCGGCCAUCUUUACGAUUCCUAA